AUGGGCUAUAGAGUCCUGGCAGGGAGCCCUGCAGAACAGCAGUGUCUCAUUGUUCAUAUAACUGUCCCCAAUUCUUCUGAAGUUGAUGCUUUAGGACUUGAAUACCGUAUCUGCAGCACAUCUUCAAUCAUGGUUGUUUCAGGACCGAAGGCUGUUCUACUGUCAUUCCCAAGCCUUUUCCUUCUCACGUUUCACCUUUCUGCAGCACACGCGAUUCUUGAUUACACUGAAGACGAGAAGCAGUGUUCAAGAAGAGAGCACCCUAAGAUUUAUUUCGAAGAUUUGAAGCCCUGGGUUUCAAAUUUCACAUACUCUGGUGUACGGGACUUCUCUCAGCUUGCUCUAGAUGCCAAUAGGAAUCAACUAAUUGUUGGAGCCAGGAACUACCUCUUCAGACUUAGUCUACACAACGUUUCUCUUAUUCAGGCAACAGAAUGGGGUUCAGAUGAAGACACCAGGAGGUCUUGUCAAAGUAAGGGAAAAACUGAGGAGGAAUGCCAGAACUAUGUUCGUGUUCUCAUUGUUUAUGGCAAGAAGGUUUUCACCUGUGGCACAAAUGCUUUCUCACCAGUAUGUUCGAGCAGACAGGUAGGAAAUCUUAGCAAAAUAAUUGAAAAAAUAAAUGGGGUAGCUCGCUGCCCUUACGACCCUCGGCACAACUCGACAGCUGUGAUCACAUCCCAGGGCGAACUGUAUGCUGCGACAGUCAUUGAUUUUUCUGGCCGGGAUCCAGCCAUUUACCGCAGCCUUGGAAACAUCCCACCUCUUAGAACAGCACAGUACAAUUCUAAAUGGCUUAAUGAGCCCAACUUUAUUGCUGCCUAUGACAUUGGUUUGUUCACUUACUUCUUUUUCCGUGAGAACGCUGUAGAGCAUGACUGUGGAAAAACAGUCUAUUCUCGUGUGGCCAGAGUUUGUAAAAAUGACAUAGGGGGGAGAUUUUUGUUGGAAGAUACAUGGACGACUUUCAUGAAGGCUCGGCUGAACUGUUCCCGCUCUGGAGAAAUCCCUUUUUACUACAAUGAACUGCAAAGCACAUUUUAUCUUCCUGAACAAGAUAUGAUCUAUGGAGUAUUCACAACCAAUGUAAACAGUAUUGCUGCUUCAGCGGUGUGUGCCUUCAAUCUCAGUGCUAUUACGCAAGCCUUUAAUGGACCUUUCCGAUACCAGGAAAAUCCAAGAUCUGCAUGGCUGCCAACAAUCAACCCUAUUCCAAACUUUCAGUGUGGAAUACUGAACGAUGAUAGCCCCAAUGAAAAUCUGACAGAAAGGAUCCUGCAGGAUGCUCAGCGCUUGUUCCUAAUGAAUGAUGUGGUGCAACCGGUCUCUGUGGAUCCAUACGUUACUCAGGACAACAUCCGUUUUUCUAAACUGGUGGUUGACAUUGUUCAGGGCAAGGAUACUCUAUAUCACGUGAUGUACAUUGGGACAGAGCAUGGCACAAUUUUGAAGGCACUUUCUACUACUAAUAAGAGCCUGAGGAGUUGUUAUUUAGAGGAAAUGCAGAUUCUUCCCACCAGCCAAAAGGAGCCAAUCCAGAGUCUCCAAAUAUUGCACAGUGGCAGAUCGUUGUUUGUUGGUUUGAAUAAUGGAGUGCUAAAGAUUCCUCUGGAGAGAUGCUCAAUGUACAGAACAGAAGGGGAGUGCCUGGGUGCACGGGACCCCUAUUGCGGCUGGGAUAAGAAGCAAAAACGAUGCACAACCAUUGAAGACAGCUCCAAUAUGAGCCUCUGGACGCAAAAUAUUACUGAGUGCCCUGUGAAAAAUCUGAUGGUGCAUGGGCAGUUGGGGACCUGGUCUCCAUGGCAACCAUGUGAACACUCAGAUGGAGACAGUACAGGUUCCUGCACGUGCAGAUCCCGGUCAUGUAACAACCCUCAGCCUCGGUGUGGUGGACGUGACUGUGAAGGAGCCAGGAUAGAGAUUGCAAAUUGCUCAAGGAAUGGAGCUUGGACCCCAUGGUCGUCCUGGGCCCCCUGCAGCACUUCCUGUGGGAUUGGCUUUCAGGUCCGUCAGAGGUCAUGCAGCAACCCUGCUCCGCGAUACGGAGGCAGGGUCUGUGUCGGACAAAGCAGAGAGGAGCGAUUCUGCAAUGAGAACAGUCCAUGCCCAUUACCAAUCUUCUGGUCUUCGUGGGGGCCUUGGAAUAAAUGUAGUGCAAACUGUGGUGGAGGGAUGCACUCCAGGCAGAGGUCUUGUGAAAAUGGAAACUCUUGUCCAGGCUGCGCUGUGGAAUACAAAACCUGCAGCCCAGAGGCCUGCCCAGAGGUGCGGAGAAGUACACCGUGGACGCCUUGGACACCUACCAAUAUUACUCAAAGUGGGGCCCGCCAAGAGCAGCGCUUCCGUUACACCUGUCGUGCUCAGCUGGCUGAUCCCCAUGACCUACAGUUUGGCAGGAAGAAGACCGAGAGUCGUUUUUGCCCCAAUGAUGGCUCUGCAGUUUGCGACACGGAUUCUCUAGUCGAUGACCUUCUGAAAAGUGGCAAGACCUCUAUCCGAAUUAUCAAUGGUGGCUGGUCCUUUUGGGGGGGAUGGUCAUCUUGUACCCGGGAUUGUGAACUGGGCUUCAGAACCAGGAAGCGAAUGUGCACCAAUCCAGAACCCAAGAAUGGUGGUCUUCCUUGCAUAGGAUCUGCAAUGGAAUAUCAGGAUUGUAACCCACAUCCUUGCCCAGUGAAGGGCUCGUGGUCCUGCUGGACUCCUUGGUCUCAGUGCUCAGCAACAUGUGGAGGUGGACACUACCAGCGCACUCGGUCCUGCACCAACCCAGCACCAACUAAUGGGGAGGAUAUCUGCAUUGGGCUACACACAGAGGAAGCACUGUGCAAUACACACCCAUGUGAAGGAGGCUGGUCUGAAUGGUCUGAAUGGAGUUUAUGUAAUGAAGAUAGCAUCCAGUAUCGUAGCCGUUUCUGUGAAAUCCACAGCCCAGGAUCUGUUCAGUGUGCUGGGAAUAGCACACAGUACCAAGAAUGUCUGUACAAUGAGAUCCCUGUAAUCCUGCCAGCAUCAAGCAUUGAUGAGAGCACAAACUGUGGAGGUUUUAGCCUCAUCCACCUUAUUGCCACAGGAAUCUCCUGUUUCUUUGGCUCUAGCCUCUUAACCUUUGUGAUCUACGUUUACUGUCAGCGGUGCCAGAGGCAAUCUCAGGAGUCAACUGUUAUCCAUCCCACCACUCCCAAUCAUCUUCAUUACAAAGGCAACUCAACUCCCAAGAAUGAAAAAUACACACCUAUGGAAUUCAAGACACUGAACAAGAACAAUUUAAUACCAGAUGACAGGACCAACUUCUAUCCUUUGCAACAAACAAAUGUGUACACAACAACCUAUUAUCCCAGUACACUGAAUAAAUAUGAUUACAGGCCUGAGGCCUCUCCUGGAAGGACCUUUACUAAUAGCUGAUGAUGGACAGAUCUGCCCAAGAACUGAAUUACUUCCUAUAUGAUUUUUAUUUUUAAAAUUGAGUUUAUGGACCAAAUAUUGGCCCAGUCUAUAGAUGUAAAUAUUAUAAGUGGGCCUUUUAUUUUCUCUCUUAUCGGUGGUCUUACUUUCAAGUAGCACAUCUCCUUAAGUGGACCUUCUGCUUUUGGAUAAUGGGUGACCUGGUCUAGGAUAUUUGAGGAGUCUUCAGCUAGAGAUAGCAGAUACUGGUAUGGAUAUCACAGUUUGAGUUGCUCCUUUGUGUCUGAUACCAAGAUAAUCCUGGAACCAACCCUAAUGUGCUAAAUUUGUGUGGAAUGAUACGACUACCCAGUACAACUUCAAAAGUUCUGUGGACAUUGGAAGAGAAAUCCUAGCAAAGUGCUGAGACUUAUUCUUCAUAUGCCUACAGGUUAAUAGUAUUAGGAACGUUGUCAGACAGACUUGUGGAACACCAUUUUCAAGAGUUUGGCUUUUAAGCUUCAGGAUUGAUCAGUAUCAUCAGCAUUUUCUGUGACAUGGCAAAAUAUAUGCAACCUUUAAUGGAAAAAAUCCUGUCAGAUUUAUAAAACAAAUAUGAGAUAACUUCACACAAGAGAAAUGUUUUGAAACAUUUCUAAGCAAUGUAGUAAAACUUUAAGUUUGGGUACAUGAAGCAUGGGCUUUGGAUACACAAAAGAUGAUUUAUUCUCCUGGAGAAUAUGAAGAGAGUUGAAGCAGGAGCCAUGGAAGAUUCUGAGAGGAAAGAAACUCUUCUCUUUUAGCUUUGAUUCCAGGAGGUUCUUAAGACAGUGUUGGACUGAUGGCCCUCUGCCCUUGUUGAAAUUACCAGGCUUUGUGCUAAUGCUGAUUUUAUUUUUUAUAAUUUUUUAUUCACUUGAACAAAGAAAAGAAUAUUGAUUUCAGUUUGUCUCUAAAGAAUGUCUCCAUAGUGUAGCCUAACCCAGAAAGCCUAUGGCAAAGUCCUUUAGUGUCUUCCAGUCGGUACUACUUAAAAAGAGAGAGAAAUACAAUGUGCAUCAGUAGUUGCCAUUGUUUGCCAGUAUUGGAGCAAGAAACAAAACAAGUCUGCUCCAAUUAAAGUAAACUGGGGUCUGUAGCAUUUUGAAACAAUCCAGUCCAGCCUUGAAACAUUAUCUUUUAUGCUGCGUUAGACCGAUGCAGAAGCCAUUUCAUCUUGGGCUAGGUGAGUCUCUUGUUAAUGAUACCUUCUCAUCAUCUAAUGUAUAAACUCUUGGUGCUAAGCAGUGGAGAUGGCCACAAUAUAGAGCGUGUGAUAAAAAUGUAAGCCAGUUCCCACAUGAACUCUUACCUGUUUGCUGUUGCUGGGUUGACUAUGCUUUAAGCCAUUGGUUUCCAGUUCAGGUUGACUAGCAUUCAACACAUGGGCAGCUGCCGGUAGUACUUUUAUAAUAUCUUUUGGAGGAAUUCUCUGAAAGCGGGCGCAGUCUAGGCCCUUCAUCCAAGUGAGAAACACCGACUGGUAAGUGGCUCUAAAAUGACUCAGGAUGCUGUUUUAAGUGAGAAGACAGUCCAGUGCUGAUACCAGCAUGUCAUACUACCUUACAGAAUCAGAAGUCAUAAAACAAGGAUUAGUGCCUAAACUGUGAAAAACCCUGGCUGAGUGCCUGGGACAGAUUUUAGUGAUUCAGAUAGGAUGCCAGCUACGGAUCUUUCCGUUUGCUAACGAUGGAGAGAUUGGGCAGUCAAAUUGCUACAGGCUCCUAACCCAAGCUAGGCCCUUGUAGGAAGGUAUGUCAAGUUCCUGUGAGAGCAAGCAUAAAUUUCACCAGCAGAAGCUGCUGCUUGUGCAGAUCUGUAAUAAUUGGGACACUUGCUAUUAACUAAUUAACACUUGAGGUCUGUAAGAAAUUGUUGGAUCAAGACCAGAGUAAAGCAUUGUUUCAGACAGAGUUGCAUUUUUUUGCAAAAUGUAAUUCAUUUUGCAGCAGUAACUGAAAAUUAAGUAUUCCUUUUCCUGUUGUUUUGCUUGAUUUUUAUUUUUUGCCAUGAUGUAAUCCGGGUGGAUUUUUCAGCUACUUAAAGAGUAGAGUUUCAUUCUUCUUACUUAUUUUUUCUUCAGAUAUCAGAAAUCAUGGCAUGUUUCAGAGCAGGGAUAAUUUUAUAUAGUCUAUUUCAGUUCUUUCUUCCCAGGGACCCAAAUGUGAAAAAUGAUACCGUUUCAAAAAUAGGAACAACUGUUCUUAAAUCAGUUGCAUAUGCUCCUGAAAAAAGAAAAUGGAGGCAGUGGCCAAAAGGUAAUCAGAGCUAUUACCAUGCAGUGUCUGUUUGAGCGUACCAUUUUUUCUGGUCCACGUUAAUGCUCCCUAGAUCACAGGGAAGGCUAUUGACACUAAAAUUCUUCUAUCUCUGAUUCCAUUGUGCUUUAGGCCCAGGCUGCUGGUGUUCUUGGUGAUCAGCCCAUUCCAUGGUGGCUGGGGGGCGGGAGGCGGGGGCGGGGAUUGUCUAAACACUUGCUUUCCUACGUGCUACCUGUAAUACCAGCACAGAGGGGAUUUCAAGCAUUUUGCCAACAAGGUUCUCCCUAAAAGAAACAAAGUUCCAGUUCCUCGGUUUGACAACCAAGUCACCUUGCCUUUGAUAUGGCAAUAGUUCCAUGUGUUUUGAGGUGUACUUCAGUCAGUGAUGCAUCUCUUGCCACACGAGAAGAAAAACCACCCAGAGCAUUCCCACCACUACCAGAUCAUUCUUCAGUACUGCCCAGGAAGCUGCUUUGGAAUCUCAGGCAAGUCCUUAAUCCAGUUUAUGUAACACCUGGGAGUGAUAUGAAGUGAAAUUAAAUUUAAUUAAUUAAAUGCAAGCUUCUGGGAACUGGGUCUUAAUUUUCUUAUGGUCAAGCAUAAAGGAGAGGUUCACAAAGUCUACUAUUAAAAAACACUAGAAUGCAAGCCAAAUGGAUCAAAGCCUUCCCAUUUCUUAGACUUGUUAUUGCAGCCACCUAUUUGUGUGGCUUUAGGUAACGUCUGCAAAAUCUAACCAAGCAGCUGUGAAAACUAGUUAUUAAAACUGGUUAUAACUAGUAGUUAUUUCAGAGGGUUGUACUGAGUCCUAGUGAUAGGCUGAAGGGAAUGCCGCAGCCAUUUCAGAUUUUUAAAAGUGAGAUUUGAAACUUUUCAGUAAUUUUGAUCUUCACUUAAUAGUUUGUUUCCUUCAUUAUCUUUAGAGAGGAUUGGAAGAGGGGGUGAAUUUUCGUAUUUGGAUAGGACAGCUUAUUAACACCUUUGUAUUUCAUAAUUAACUUCUGUGAUCCUUUGGGUGUGAGAAAUUAUUGCUAUAUGUGUUUCAUUAUGGAUCAUUAUCUUAUUACAUUAGCUUUUAAUAGGUAAGGUUUUAGAGAUCUGGCAAUUUGCUAUUACACACUCUGGUUCAGCAAUUCCUUACAGGCAGCUAUAGAAACUUUCUUCCCAGAAGAGCUCAUUCAUUUAACGGGAAUUAACAGCUCCUGCUGCUGCUGCCAUCAUUUCAAGGAAGCCAUAUUUACAGGAGACUGUGAGUGCAUAUCUUGGGAAACAUUCCAGGUUCUGACUUAGAGCCAAAAGGUCCAGUGGGUCAAAGAAGGAAGAGCUGAUCAGCCUAUUACACGGUUGUCCUUCAACAGUGUCUCUGUGUUCCUGUGGUUUCCUUCAGUGUUGUCUGCUUCCAUCAUGAUAGGAAUACAGAGCAUGUUUACACUGAUAAAGCAACAAAGCUUCAUCACAACUCUGUGCCAACUGUGUACUACUCUGCUGUCUAUUUCUGCCAGGGAACCAAAAUGCAAUGUGGGUCAUUUGUGCUGCGUCUUCUCUAACUCGAGGAAAUACCGUCUCCUUUGCUGAACUGUCGCUGCACCAUUCUGAACUGCCCACUGGUCUAGAGACUGUAUGUUUCAGAGGUAGAUCCUGAACUGACUGCUGGGAGUUCAUUUGAAGCAUAUUGUUCUUAAGUAAAAUGCCUACUGUCAUGUGAUUAAAAGAAAAAGAAAAACUUGGAGAAGGAAAUGUCAUUCCAAGGGAGAACAUGUAUUUCCAUGACUCACCCACAUCUGAGAUACACAUGUAUACCUAUUGCCUUAUUAUUUUUUUUAGAGAAUGAUACAUUAAAUUAAGACCUAUAUAAGAAGUGGGAAUGAUUUGAGUCCUUUUCAAAGCGUAAUUUAGGACUGUAAUUUCCUAGCAUUAUGAAAUCUAUUGUGACAAAAAGAUCAUUCAGAGUUUAAUCUGUGUAAUCAUUACUCACACUGAAUGUGAAAUUUUCUUACCAUGCAAACUAUAAAUGCCAUGAAAUCCUCUUAUUCAAACACUGGUAAAUAUAUUGUUAUAUAUUUAUAACAGAAAUGUUAUAUAUUUACUGCUGAAUGUCUAAAAAUAAAUUUAGAAAAAAAUAAGAAAGAAAAAAACAGAAAACGGCAGCACUAGACUUUCCUGAUAGAGUUAAAGGAAAUCCCUCCCCAAAGAGAACAGCAGAUUUUAACAAAAACUUGAUUUUUCAUAGAUCAAUGAUGUUUUUCAUUGUUUAAUGAAAAUUGAGAAGUUGACUUUUUAACUAGAAAUGUUCAUCUUCCCCAACCCACAAAAAAUCCAUUCCUGUUCAGAAUGGCUAAGUAAACAAUGUUUGUAUUUGCUCAUACUUUAUGAAUAAACAGCCCAAAUUGACUAGU